AUGGCAAGCAAGUACCAUGUUCGCUCAAAUAGUUUUCCUUCUCAAUCUCAUCCAAGCUCUACAAGAAUUGAACAAGAACUCAACAAAAUCAAGACAUGGGAAACCGCUUCAACAUCCACAUCUGAUUCAAUUAGCAAUGGUCUUUCCAUGCUUGAAGAUCUGUAUAUUUCUUUGGAAGUUCUUCUCAAUACGACAUCAACACAAAAGGUCAUUUCUCAUCAUCAAGGUGAGAAAUUCGUGGAAGAGUUGUUGGAUGGUUCAAUUAAAAUAUUGGAUAUUUGUGGGAUCACAAGAGAUACCAUGUUAGAAAUUAAAGAAAAUGUUCAAUCACUUCAAUCUUCUCUUAGAAGGAGAAAAGGAGAUUCAAGCAUUGAAACAAGCGUAUACGAAUAUAAAUUAUUCACAAAGAAGAUGAAGAAGAAUGUCACAAAACUGAUCUCAUCUUUAAAACAUAUGGAAUGUAAAUUUGGAGCUGCCUCACUUUUAAAUCAAGGUCAAGAUGUUGUUGCAGUGAUAAAAGUACUUAGAGAGGUCAUCGUAAUAAACAUGUCUCUCUUCCAAUCCAUUUUGUCUUUCUUGGUUGGACAUGCAUCAAAGUCAAAGGCAACUAAAUGGUUGAAAGUGGCAAAGUUGAUGCAUAAAAAGGAAGUGUCAUGUGAAGAGAGUUCGGAGAAUUUCAAUGAACUGCAGUGUGUAGAAGUAUCUUUAAGAACCCUUUUAAGAGAAGGUUCUGAUGUUACAAAGAUGCAGGCUACACGUGAAAGAUUGGAGGAUUUGGAGAAUGCUGUUGAAAGGAUAGAGAAUGGUUUGGAGAGUGUGUUUAGGCGUUUGGUUAAAGCUAGAGUUUCUCUUUUGAACAUCAUGACUCAAUAG